CUCCAUCCCAACCAAGCGCCCACUAUCGCAAGAGGGCUGCAAGCAUCGAGCAGUGCAAUCCAGAGUUACGCGACAACAGAGACACCAAAAUCAUGGACCGCAGCCGCAAGCGCAAAGCUGCAGCUGGAGCAUCACCCGACGCCGACACGAGCACACCCAAGCGACAAAAGACUACACUGGAACAUGAGACUCCGCAGACAACAACAAAGAUCGGUCUGCAGUUUAUCGACCACCUGAAGUCGGCCAAGGACAAGACUGGCCGCUUGAUCGCCGACCUCUUUAUCGACCUGCCCAGCAAGAGAGAGCUGCCCGACUAUUACCGCACCAUCAAACUACCCAUCGCUAUCCAGACAGUCCAGGACAAGCUCGAGCGCCAUGAAUACCCCACUCUCAGCACCGUCGAGAGCGACAUCAAGCGCAUGGUUUCCAACGCAAAGCAAUAUAACGACGACAAGUCCACCGUCUACCAAGAUGCCGAGCGCAUUCGCAAGGCCCUCUCCAACUUCAUGACCAAGCACAAUCCUGCCUACAAGGAUCCGAACUACGUCGCCCUUCCUACACCUCUGCCCGGCCAAGACGACGAUGCGACUGCCUCUUCUGCACCUCCAACACGCGACCCCAGCGAACAGCCUCGCAAGAUCAAGAUAUCCCUCAAAGCGAACCGUGAUCGCAAGUCCUCUGCUGCUCCAGUCGCUGCCUCCAGUCCUGCUGUCGUCCAAGAUGAUUCGGAUCCUUCAGCGUUUACUGGCAAGACACUCCAGCAAGCGCAAGAGCACAUCGUCAACGGCUUGAUCAGUCACACUGACCAAGGAAUCGCUAUCUUCGAACCCUUCGUCCAUCUUCCUCCUCGAACCUUGACCGAUUACUACAAAGUCAUCAAGAAGCCCACCUCUCUGGCCGGUAUUAAGAAACAAGUACGAGGGAAACAAGGAAGCGACUUCAAGAACUGGGACGCAUUUGAAGAGGAGGUUUCAUACAUUUGGCGCAAUGCAAGGAUCUACAACGAGGACGGAAGCGACAUCUUCAACCUCUCAGUUGAGCUGGAAGACCUCUUCAACGAACGCCUGGCCACCGCGAAGAGUCAAGUCGACGAACCUGUUCAACCAAAGAUCAAGCUCAACGCUCCAAGACCGAAACCCGUACUGCAUCUUGGUGCAAGAGGGUCACCUGCACCACGAGGCACUCCUGCCGAGGACAAGAAGGAAGAGCCAGUCACCAACGGACAUAAGACACCCGUGCCCGCCCAGGCCAGACCUGCAAGCAGCGCUGCUCCCUCAAGGUCGAACUCGCAAGUACCAACGACAGUCAAAGCAACAAGCGUCAAUGCUUCAAGUCCUGUUCCAACGACAGCAGCAGCAGUCAAGACUGAGACGACCGUCGCUGCAUCUCCCUCCCUUGCCGCAGUCCGACCACAGAGCAUUGCUCCCGAAGUGAAGCAGAGUCCACGACCUGGAACCGCAACCUCGAUGCCACCACCACCUUCUGUUCGCGCCAUCAGCGGCAGCCCUCAUCCCUCGAUGCUCCCCCAUGUUCCUCAUAUCCCGCAAUACGUUCCACCACCGCCAACCUUUGUCGACAAAUACACACGCUCAAAGCCUCUCUCCGAAGCUCUCCUGCCGAGCGUAGUCAUCAUGACACAUCCUCAACUUACGGUGCCCAAGCCUUUCCGCCUCGACGUUCCUGCAAACAAGCAGUUCACACAACAAUCUUUGAGCACUGCAGUUCCCGCGGCUCACUACUACAUCAGCAUUGUCCCCAACGUCUCACAGCGUCUCCUUAUGCAACGGCAGUACAAGACUUUCGUCACUGUCAAUGGCGUCCGACUCAUGGGCACCACUCGCGACUUUUUGCCUGGCGGAGGAGAUAGGAAGCAAGUCUACGAUACCGCCCUCAUCGCUGGUGUCAACAGGAUCGAGGUGGAGGUGGUCGCUGUGUCCAGCAAGACUGAUGCUCUGGAGGUUGAGAAGCUGUCGGUGUUUGCCAGUCUGUUGAAGUAGAUCACGAUAGAUGAUGUCCUCUAUGGCAUAACUCAUCGUCGAAUGGGUGGCCCUUGAAGCAUGGCGCUGGCGUUUGGGUUUCUUCUUUGGUGGGUAUACCUUUUGUUAAUCCUUAUUCUUCUGCACUCUUCGGCUUGAUGGGGAAGGACGAAGCGGUCGUUUUCCAUAGCUUCUUGAAUGAAUGCACACUUUCUUUUCCGUUUCC